CCCCAGCUGGAGAGCAGCUCGUGUCUCGGCCUGGAGAGCGAUGGGGAGCAGGGCGGCAGCGCGCCCUGGGAGCCCGGCGAGCGCUCGGCCGUGUCGGCGCUGCUGGAGCGCUGCGUGGCCACGGGCGCCGUGAGCCAGGAGUCCUUGGAUUUAACUUCCAGAAGAACGCCAUGCUUUGCGAAAUUCUCGGAGAUGGAAGAAAUGGUAAACAUGGAAGCUGAAAUCAAUGAGAUAAAGCUGAAAACUGAAAUGAUGCAGUUGGAGAAUGACACAGCAGACAUUACUCACCCUUUUUACUUAGGGAAAAAGUGUGAAAUUUUGCAAGAUAUGAACAGGCACCUGGAAGCCAUACUGAAAGAGAAGAGGGAUCUCAGAAAGAGGUUGAUCAAACACAGAUGUCAAGAAAGCCUGCCUAUUGAGGCUACUUUUCACAAGUGUAUAGUAGAGUUGUUGACUGAGGCUGUGACUUUCAUUGAGAAGCUUGAAAGCCAUUUGCAGUCUGUGAGAAGCAUCCCUCAGAUACCUCAUAUGAUAAGCAAUAUGGACAACACUUUGUCAAAAACAGAGAUGCUUGUAAUAGAAUUGGAGGAGCUGACAGAGCAAAUACUGAAAUGGAAAGAACUGCAAAAGGAAGUAUAUGCUAACAAUGUAUGCAAUACUGCUGACUUGGACUUUGGCUUAUCUUUAAUCUAACAAAUCAUUUUCCUCAAGUAGGAUGACUGCUCAAAGAACUACAUUCUUAGGGUCUUCUGUGAAAACUGCAACAUAGGUGUCUUUCAAUCCACAGAGACUUUGUAGGUAGUCAUAUUUCUGUUAUUAAGUAACAGUUCUCCAACUAUUUACUGAAAAAAAAUGGACAAUGAGCAUUAACUCAUAGGAAGAUGGUACUGAGAAGCCAGUCAAGGAGUUCCUGUUUGAAGUAGUUGGAUAAGAGUCCCGUGGAGCCUGUAUCUUCAACGGAAAAUUGUUUCCUUUUUUUUUUUUUUGCACUUGCUAUGAUAUGUUUAUUCAGUUUUUUAAGCAUUUUGAUAAAACACUGUAUUUUGUAUGUUGCUAUAAAACUUUAAUAAAAGCACUAGA